GAAGUGGAUGGAAGUAACUUCGUGCUUAGUUAGUUACUUAGUGAUUAGCUUUAUAUAGGAUGUAGUUCUUACUCUUUUGUAGCUUCUUGUGGAAAUGUGGAGCUAGGAGUAGCAAUCUCGAUGAGUUCGUUUUUGGGGAAGAGUUUUCUGGAGAGGAAUCGAGAUUUAUGUAGGAAAGUACUCUAUAAUACUGCUAGCAUGAAAAUUGUUAAGAUGUAAUUAAGUGUGAAUGGGUUUUCAAGGGCUGGUUUUGUGGUGAAAAUUAAUUGAUGGAUAGAAGUGAGGAGAUGAAGAGGUGAUGUUUGGUAAUGUGAAAUUCUAUUCAAUCCCCAUUCCUGCAUAGAUAUCUUUGUGUUGGAAAUAGCUAAGUGGAUGAAUAGGGCAACUGAAAUAAAGAUGAAAGGAAGGCAUGAAUGAAUGAAUCGUUAAUUCAUAUGAUGAAAUACGGGUUUGGAGGAUAGCAUCCGCUGCAUCUGUAUUCACCAGCAUCAGCAUCAUCUAACGUGUGCCAAAAAGCUGACAUGGUGAAAUCUGUAGAAUCAUACAUUCCCACUUGUCUGAGGUAAAGUAUUGUGAGGGUUAUGCUGGUAUUCUGUUGGGGAAGAUGGGAUUUGUGGAGAGAAGUCAGAUGGGGAAGAGACGAAAUACCUGCAACACUGGAUGAUAAAGAAGAGAAGAGAAGAUGUACCUUUUUGAAAAAGAAUAGAAGGAGCAACUGCGGCAUUAUCGAUGGUAAAAACGCAGAUCAGAACAAAAGCGGAAGGUCUGUGUUCCGUAUUCAUCCCAAAUUCACUCUACUUCAAUUAUGUUAAUGGGAAUGUCUGUCGUCAGUAAGAUCAAUGAGAGGCUUGGGGGGAAUUGACUCUAGCCUGAUCUUCUCAAAAAUCAAACUAUCAGAUGGAUUACCCAGCAGUGAGUGAGUGAUACGGCCUUGAGAUUUGUCUGUAUACCAUCGUUAAACUACAUCCAUCUAUCUCUCCUUAUCUCUCUUUACCUAGGUAUUUACAUAGCUUGGACAUUCCUGCACUUAAUUGAAUCUAUUUGAAAUCCCAGGAGUUGGCCCGUCAAAAGUUUCCUCAGGCCAGUAUUGAAUUCAGACUAGCUCCAAUUUUUAUUCAAACUGAAGUGAUUGACCUCCCCCAUUCAAUAAAUUCAGUCCCCAAAGAGAACUUGCAACAAAAUCCAAAAUCCAAAAUCCAACAACAGCAACAACACAAAGACGCAACAAUUUCAUAUUGCAAAUACUUGAUCGGUGCUUACCUGACGGCUGACUGAGAAUAUACACAUUUUUUUCAAUAUUCCUUCCAAAACAGCUUCCAUAUUCAUCACUUUCGUCGCUCUCUGACUUUCAAAAGCUUUCAUAUCAUUCUUAUCAUUAUUAACACUCUUAAAAAUCUCGUAAGUACACUACGAUGCAGUACAACGCGAUACGAACUGACUGAUUAAUCACCGCCAUCCAGCAAGUUACUUUAGAACUACUUCCGUCACCGCAUUUUUACCUAAAAAAAACCGAAAAGGGAAAGAAGCCAACCGAACCAGUGGUUCUUGAGCUCAAAUUUCAAAGAGAUUCUCCAAAGCAAUUACUCUCUGGAAACAAAUCAAUUCGAUCGAUUUAUCGAAAGAUUCAAAGAGAUUGAUAGAUCAAUAGAUCAAUAGAUCAAUUGCUAUCGACUACAGCAGUCAAAUUAGGUAUGUCACUGAUGGUGCUCUCUGUUCUUGUUUGCCACCUCCACAAUACACUUCCCCAUCAUUCACUAAAUAUCUAGUUAAUUAUUUAGUAUGCGAUUCCGUUUCCUGACGCUAUAUAUCACUAUUUGAUUCCAGUAUCUUUCUCUGUGGAUCUGCUAACCGCUAGCGAUGCUAUAGGUUUCUUCUGCACCAAAGACCCAAUAUAAUUUUCUUUGCUUUACUUUAAAAGCAUUCUAUCAACAUUUCAAACAUAACUUUAUCAACCAAUUAGAACUACCAUAUAUUCGUGGAAAAUCAUGGAAUUAUCUCGACGACCAAUACACAAUGCAAAUGGAACAUUUGUCCUUGGAUCCAACGUGCCCGACUUCUCAACUCAAGGAACUCCGGGCAGAUGUGCAGGAGGGAUGGGCAAUUAUCAAUUUCAACAACAAUCCCAUGGAAUGCUCGGCCAUCCUAGCCAACAGCAACCUCGAAUGUAUGGCCAACUUGAAGGAAACAACAUGAACUAUUAUGGCCGUCCCAGCCAACAGCAACCUCGAAUGUAUGACCAAUUUGCAGGAAACAUCAUGAACAGAUUUGACCAACAAUAUCAGCAAAUGACUAGCAGAGAUGUAAUAGAUGCAUGGCACUUUACACAACACCACCCUCAAGCGAUGUCUGGCUAUCAUGCCCCGCAACAACAUACUCAUGCAAUACCUGUCCAUCAUGCCCCGCAACAAUAUACUCCAGCAAUGUCCGGCCAUUCUGUCCAAACGCAAUACAUUCAAACAAAGCCUGUCCACCGUUUCCAACAGCAACCUCAAGCAAUGUCCCGCCAUACCCUGCAAAAAUAUACUCAAGCAAUGCCUGGCCAUCCUGUUCAAUCGCAAUACAUCCCAACAACGACUGUCCAUCCUUUCCAAGAGCAACCUCAAGCCUAUAACAGUUAUGCGGGGAACAACAUGAACAAUGUUGACCAACAGUAUCAAAAAAUGGCUGGCAGAGAUGCAGAAUACAUGGGCAGUAGUGAUACUCAGCAACAGAAAUCUCAGAUGUAUAAUCAUGCAAGAAGAAAAAUCAGUGAUAUCGCCGAACAACACCAAGGAACGCUUGUCGAAUAUGCAGGAGGCUUUGUCAACCACCAGAAUAACCAACAUGAAGGAAUGGUUGGCAGAGAUGCGAAGGGCACGAACCACAAUCAGCUUAAAGGACAGCCUCAAGGAAUGACUGAGUGUCUCAGCCAACGACAAGAUACCACUGGUAACAUCGCGCCGACACAUGCACAUGGUUAUCCAACAGUUCAGCCAGUCUAUGGCUCCAAUGGGUUUGAGCAAGGCCGACAACAUGCAAUGCCACCGAACAGCAAGGACUAUGCCCAACCGCCUUCAGUGAUAUAUUCAAUUACAGAAAGAGGAACAGUCAGUGGUCCUCAAAAUCCAACAGCUACUUUGACAAAUUUUGGAGUGCAGAAGGCCCAGUCGAAUAACAAGCAGGAUGUCGAGAAGCCUCCACAAAGUGUUGACUUGAAUGCACAUGUAAGGGAAAAUCCAAAGAAUUUCCCGCUAAAAACUACGACGUCGGCUGUUACAACUCCAGCCCUCCCAACUGCUAUGCCAGCACAGGUUCCUCCAUGGAAUAUGCUAGCGCCAGCUCCUCUACCUGCUGCCACAGGACCUGCAUUCAAGAGACUUCGAAAUCAACAGACUGAAAAGAUGGAUCCAGGCAGGGCGAAGAAGAAGGCCAAGGAGGCACACACAGGACAACGAAGAAGAGGCCAAUUUACUCCCGAUAUACAACCAGUGGUUGAACCAACAGUCGAUCUAGCGUCCCGAUGGGUCGUAGAAUUUGCUGAGCAAGGAUACGAUAUCACUAUCUCAAAUCUGGCACCAGCGGAUUCGUCAAAAGAUACACCGAGUAUUCCCAAAAAAAAUCAAGACCUUUCUGAGAUUCUCAAUUUCGAAUCAGGUAAACUUGAGCCAAAUCAGGACUUAGUGAUGGGUGUUAUGAGGCAACUGUUGGAAAAUUCCAUCGCUCAUUUUUCAUUGGAUACUUCCUCGAAUACACGACAAAAUCUUGAAUACUAUCAAAAAACGCCUAAUCUAAGCUAUCACGCUGGCAACUUGACACAAUUCGCUUCGAAAUCGCAAUUCAGCAACCCAGUAAACGUAAUUACAGACGGUACAGAGGGUGCAGCGGGCCCAUCCACAACAGUCAAAGAUAAGGCUAAGAUAAACCCAACGUCUGUCAUAUUAUACGAACCAAUCAAAGGUCUCUUCGAUGGAAGGUCUAUGAUGGGCAAUUGUACAAUGUAUACGAGGACGAUCUUUGUUGAUGCUAAUAGUCCGCUCAGAUACGCAGUCGGAUUCAGAAUUGAAAAUGUGAUGAUCGAUGGUAGGAAUGCUCAAGGCAUGCUGACUUAUGAGAGAUCCUUGCCAACAGGUAUACAAGGAGAGCCUCGUUGGUCGGAUAUUUGCGAUGUACUAAAAUCACAACAUGCCGAGUGGAAUUAUGCUUCGCUUAAUCAUAAUUAAAAGGGGUUUUUGUGGGGUCGUUGGGCUUAUUGAGGUUGGACAUUGGUAUAUGUGGAUUUGAAAGAGAAAGUGGAUUAAGAUAUUUUUUCAGAAAAAGAAAAGUGGGAAUUAAGUGGGGUGUGUAUGUAUGUAUGUAUGAUGUAUGUCUAAUAUCGAUACUAUUAGGUAUUUGCGGAGACUAUACAGAUUAUUAUACUAUGUAACUAGAUACUAUAUAUAAAUAUAUACUAUCAAAACUCUCUACAUACUAUGUAAACAAUGACUCUCUCAAUGUAAAGUCCAAUUAAUGAUUUAAAGCCGUAGGGUUUGCCCGAAGGGGGGAAAAAAAAAGUGUCACGUGAUUUUUAUGCACAGUGUCAUGCAUUAUUUCAGAGCUGAGAGAUCGGGUUUUGUUUGCACUUGGAGAGUUGUGGCGAGGCGUGUAGAUAGAUGGGUGUGAAAUAGAUGUUGUCAGACACUUCAGACACUAUAUCGAGUUGUUGUACUUAGGUAUAUAUAUAAAUAAGUUUAUAAUAAAUAAGAUUUUUAUACUUUAAAGAUAUUGAAAGAUAUCAAGAGAAUCUUUUGGAAAUUGAAAUGGAAAUGGAAAUAUUAAGAUUAAAAAACCAAGAGAAUUUUAUAUUAUAAAAAAAAAA